GUGAUCUGUUGUUCUCCGAGCUUUGGAAAGCUCGUUCUGCUCUCGAUCGCGAAAAAAUUGGCCGUCACGGAGACUCGACUCCGAGACCGCAAAGGUUGGGCCAGAGGGGCGAGACUGAAGACAGGUUGGAGGCGAGUCCAGAAGAACUGAGGCUUGACCCUGGGAGCUUUACGGGGCUGUCCCAGCAUCGCCCAACAACAGAGCUCGCUCGAUCCUAGCUCGACUGGAGCGCUGCAAAGUGACCCGGCCCGCCGGCCACCCACCAUGUCCACCUCCGGGGCUAAUACGUCGGAUCCGUCGGUCCCAAACCGGGUGAACAGCCCGGUGACCAUCCCUGCGGUGAUGUUCAUCUUCGGGGUGGUGGGCAACCUGGUGGCCAUCGUGGUGCUGUGCAAGUCGCGCAAGGAGCAGAAAGAAACCACCUUCUACACGCUAGUGUGCGGGCUGGCAGUCACCGACCUACUGGGCACUUUACUGGUGAGCCCGGUGACCAUCGCCACGUACAUGAAGGGCCAGUGGCCGGGGGACCAGGCGCUUUGUGAGUACAGCACCUUCAUCCUGCUCUUCUUCGGCCUGUCGGGGCUCAGCAUCAUCUGCGCCAUGAGCAUCGAGCGCUACCUGGCCAUCAACCACGCCUACUUCUACAGCCACUACGUGGACAAGCGGCUGGCGGGUCUCACCCUCUUCGCCGUCUACGCCUCCAACGUGCUCUUCUGCGCGCUGCCCAACAUGGGCCUCGGCCACUCGCGGCUCCAGUACCCUGACACCUGGUGCUUCAUCGACUGGACUUCCAACGUGACGGCUCACGCCGCCUUCUCCUACAUGUAUGCGGGCUUCAGCUCCUUCCUCAUCCUCGCCACUGUGCUCUGCAACGUGCUGGUGUGCUGCGCGCUGCUCCGUAUGCACCGCCAGUUCAUGCGCCGCACCUCGCUGGGUACCGAGCAGCACCACGCGGCCGCCGUCGCCGCCCUGGCCUUGGCCGCCACCAGCCGGGGACCCCCGGCCACCGCCUCCUCGUCCCCCGCCCUGUCGCGCCUCGGCGACUUUCGCCGCCGCAGGAGCUUCCGCCGCAUCGCGGGCGCCGAGAUCCAGAUGGUCAUCCUGCUGAUCGCCACCUCUCUGGUGGUGCUCAUCUGCUCCAUCCCUCUCGUGGUGCGAGUGUUCAUCAAUCAGCUCUACCGGCCAAUUUCGGAAAAAGACAUCAGCAAAAACCCGGACCUGCAGGCUAUCCGCAUCGCUUCCGUGAACCCCAUCCUGGACCCCUGGAUUUACAUCCUGCUGCGGAAGACGGUGCUCAGUAAGGCCAUCGAGAAGAUCAAAUGCCUCUUCUGCCGCAUCGGGGGGUCCCGCCGGGAGCGCGCGGGGCCGCCCUGCUCGGAGAGCCGGAGGACGUCGUCGGCGCUGUCCAGCCACUCGCGCUCCUUCCUGUCCCGGGAGCUGCGGGAGGUCAGCAGCACCUCGCAGACGCUGCUCUACCUGCCCGAACUCAGCGACGGGGGCCUGGGGGGCAGGAGCUUGCUGCCAGGGGUGCCGGGCGUGGGCCUGAGCCACGCGGAGAGCACGUCGCUGAGGACUUUGAGAAUCUCAGAGACCUCGGACUCGUCCCAGGGCUCCGAGCGGGUCCUCCUGGUGGACGAGGUCGCAGGGAGGGGCCGGACCGGGCCCGCCCCGAAGGCCAGCUCCCUGCAAGUCACGUUUCCCAAUGAAACACUGAACUUCUCCGAAAAAUGUAUCUAGGCGCCCGGGAAGAAAAGAAACCCGGUUCUUCGGUGGCAUCUAAAGGCCA